AUGUCGUAUAGAGAGUCUGGUUCCUUUCCCAUGGACCGAACCUCACUACCGAAAAUGUUUAACGGGGAUACCAAGCUGCGACAUCUACCUCCUAUCACUUCUCCUCCCCCACCCAAACGAUACAAGUCCGAGUCGACCCCAACGAGUGACAGUCACUCUCGAUACUACUCGCACUCCGUGGCGAGUGAUCGAGUCCGAUCACGACAACCAUCCUCGGCCAUGGACUUGCAUACCUUGAUCGAUAGAGAUCCAGUCGAUAAAGAUCCUCGCAGGAACGGUCGUUUUACGAGCAAUGGAUCGGUAGCCACACAAACGUCCCACACCUCCAAUACAUCGCAAAUCUCACGAUCAUCUCCCAUCAUAAUGUCCGAUCGCAAAAUACCCGAGAGAUAUCCACAUCACAAAGAGAAUGGUCGAUUGUACCAUGGCUAUCGGAAAGGAAUUUACCCGCUCCCCUGUGACGAGGAAGAGCAAGAUCGUCUCGACAUUUUUCACAAAUUGUUCACGGUAGCACGGGCCGAGGAUGGCUUAAUCUAUGCACCACAUCCCCCGGGGUCCAGAAUUCUCGACCUGGGGUGUGGAACGGGUAUCUGGAGCAUCGAAGUUGCGAAUAAAUACCCCGAUUCCUUCGUGGUGGGCGUGGACCUUGCACCAAUACAGCCGGCCAAUUUCCCUAAGAACUGCGAUUUUUAUGCCCCCUUCGACUUCGAGGCACCCUGGACCAUGGGGGAGGAUUCAUGGGAUAUCAUCCACAUGCAGAUGGGCUGUGGUAGUGUCGCAAGUUGGCCCAGUCUCUACCGACGUGUCUUUCAGCAUCUCCGGCCGGGCGCUUGGUUUGAGCAGGUCGAAAUCGAUUUCCGGCCUCGCGUCGAGGACAAAGAUGGCGAACCGGGACGCGCGAUGGCUAAUUGGUACUCGACCUUGAAGCAUGCGACCGAAGCUACCAUGCGCCCCCUGGCCCACAGCUCGAAUGACACCAUCCGGAAUUUGCAAGAAGCGGGCUUCACCGAGAUCGACCACCAGAUUGUGGGAUUGCCUAUGAACCCAUGGCAUCCCGAUUCCCACGAGCAGAAGGUGGCCCGUUGGUAUAAUUUGGCCAUAUCUGAGAGCGUUCAGCCAUUGUGUUUGGCUCCGUUCAGCCGGGUUCUUUCUUGGUCUCGAGAGCAAAUUGACCGCAUUGCCUUCGACGUCAAACAAGAAGCCUUUGACAAAAAGAUCAAAACUUACAACCUUUUACACAUUUACCAAGCCCGAAAACCCGAGGAGUAA